GCAACCAUAAACAAGUCGAUAAACUUUUUUGUUUCAAAGCAGCGAGUGAAGUCGCCAUCUUGUUGGAUGUUGAAAAUUAUUGGGAAAUUCGAAGAAUUUUCACGUUAGUUAAUUUGUUUUGGUGUUUUAUGUGUUGUAAUUAGAAAUGUCUAAACGCCGCAUCGAAGUGAUGGAUCCCUUUAUCAAAAAGAAAAGGGAAGAGAAAGCGGCAGCAGCAGCCAAGUCAGGCGGCAGCGGCGAAUCGUCAGAGUCUGCGGUGGCUACCCUCGGCUCCAGCAUGCCUCCCACUGCUACCAGCACCCCUGGUGUUAAUCCUUUUACUGGUCUCCCCCACUCACAGCGCUAUCACGAGCUCCUCCGCCGCCGCCUAGGCCUCCCAGUAUGGGAAUACAAAAACGACUUCAUGAGACUCCUCAACACCCACCAGUGUGUCGUCCUAGUCGGAGAGACAGGCUCCGGGAAGACCACACAAAUCCCUCAAUGGUCCGUUGAGUUUGCAGCGGUCACCGCAGGCAAGUCAAAAGGGGUAGCUUGUACCCAACCGAGAAGAGUAGCCGCUAUGUCUGUAGCCCAAAGAGUGGCUGAGGAAAUGGAUGUGGCUUUGGGUCAGCAAGUUGGUUACAGCAUCCGUUUUGAAGACUGUUCCGGACCUCAGACUAUACUAAAGUACAUGACAGACGGUAUGUUGCUCAGAGAAGCAAUGUCAGACCCUAUGCUCGAACAAUAUAGAGUUAUACUCCUCGAUGAGGCUCACGAAAGGACGCUGGCAACAGAUAUUCUAAUGGGUGUGUUAAAAGAAGUGAUAAAGCAACGGUCAGAUCUCAAACUAGUUAUCAUGUCUGCUACGUUAGAUGCCGGAAAGUUCCAACAGUACUUUGACAAUGCACCGUUGAUGAACGUACCAGGACGGACACAUCCGGUAGAAAUUUUCUACACACCACAGCCAGAGAGGGAUUAUUUAGAAGCAGCUAUACGUACAGUCAUACAGAUUCACAUUUGCGAAGAAAUUGCGGGAGAUAUCCUACUAUUCUUGACCGGACAAGAGGAAAUAGAAGAUGCAUGUAAGAGGAUUAAACGAGAGAUAGAUAACUUGGGUCCGGACGCUGGAGAAUUGAAAUGUAUACCUUUAUAUUCGACCUUACCGCCUAAUCUGCAGCAGAGAAUUUUUGAACCAGCGCCCCCGAACCGAGCAAAUGGAGCUAUAGGAAGAAAAGUGGUGGUUUCUACGAACAUAGCAGAAACUUCUCUUACUAUAGACGGAGUAGUGUUUGUGAUAGAUCCAGGAUUUGCUAAACAGAAGGUCUAUAAUCCAAGGAUCCGGGUGGAGUCACUUCUGGUGUCUCCGAUCAGUAAGGCCUCGGCCCAGCAGAGGGCAGGACGUGCUGGGAGAACUCGGCCGGGCAAAUGUUUCAGGCUUUACACGGAGAAGGCAUAUAAGAAUGAAAUGCAGGAUAAUACGUACCCAGAGAUUUUAAGAUCAAACUUAGGGUCUGUAGUUUUGCAGUUGAAAAAGCUUGGCAUCGACGAUCUGGUACACUUCGAUUUUAUGGACCCCCCAGCGCCCGAGACUCUGAUGCGGGCACUCGAGUUGCUUAAUUAUCUGGCUGCUUUGGACGACGACGGCAACUUAACGGACUUGGGCGCUGUGAUGGCGGAGUUUCCUCUCGACCCUCAGCUCGCGAAGAUGUUGAUAGCCAGUUGCAACCACAACUGUUCCAACGAGAUCCUCUCCAUCACCGCCAUGCUGUCAGUACAACAGUGCUUCGUCCGGCCCAACGAGGCGCGGAAGGCGGCGGACGAGGCCAAGAUGAGGUUCGCGCACAUCGACGGCGAUCAUCUCACGCUGCUCAACGUCUAUCACGCUUUUAAACAGAACAUGGAGGACCCGCACUGGUGCUACGACAACUUCAUCAACUACCGCUCGCUCAAGUCCGGCGACAACGUGCGCCAGCAGCUCAGCAGGAUCAUGGACAGGUUUAACUUAAAACGAACAAGUACAGAGUUCACAAGCAAGGACUACUACAUUAAUAUAAGGAAAGCACUAGUUAAUGGAUUCUUCAUGCAGGUAGCCCACUUAGAGCGGACGGGCCACUACCUAACAGUGAAAGACAACCAGGUGGUCCAGCUGCACCCCAGCACGUGCCUGGACCACAAGCCCGACUGGGUCAUCUACAACGAGUUCGUGCUCACCACCAAGAACUAUAUACGCACCGUUACUGAUAUUAAACCGGAAUGGCUACUCAAAAUAGCGCCACAGUACUACGAGCUGAACAACUUCCCGCAGUGCGAAGCCAGGCGGCAACUCGAGCUGCUGCAGGCCAGGCUCGACUCCAAGGCCUACCAGGAGGGGUUCUAGGCCUCGUCACCUCGUACCAGAGGGGUCAGGAGGCCUAAAAGCCGUCGUAACAAGGGGACAAAAGGGCUUAUAGACAUCGUACAAAGGCUUAAGAGCGCUUCUAGGCCUCGUGAUCUCGUACUAGGGGGUUAUGAGGGCUACUAGGCCUCGUGACUUCGUAUCAUGAGAUCUUUUAGGCCUCGUGAUCUCGUACUAUGGAGUCAGGAGGGCUAGAAGGCCUCGUAGCAUGGGGUCAAGGGGGCUUUUAGACCUCGUGUCCUCGUGCUACGGGGUUACGAGGGCUAUUAGGCUUCGUGACCAUGUAUUAUGGAGUUAGGAGGGCUUCUAGGCCUCGUGACCUCGUACCAGGGGGUCUUGCACCUCCUACGGGGUCUGUGACAAGUGCUAGGAAUGUGGGAAUAUGAGUUAUGUAUGAAUAAAGUGUUUAAGAACAUUACUGUAGUGGUUAUUUUUGGUGGCUCUCUUAAAUAUCAAUACUGUAUGAAAGUAAUAUAGUAUAAUUUGUUAUUAUGUACCUAAUUCUUUUAAAGUUGGUAAUAUUUUAUUUUGAAAAGUCAAUAAUUCUUAAAAUAUUAAUUUUAAUUGAAUAUUUUUUAUAGAUUUGAUAAUGCAACAUGAAGAAUUACUAUAUAGCGCAAUAAUGUAUUAUUUUAUUGAAAACAAUAAUUGAAAUUCUUUUAAUAUAUCUCUCCUUAGUAUAUUAACAGUCUUGUAUUUUUUGCCGACUUCCAAAUAGGAGGCAGAUAUGUUUAAACCUUCACCAAUGGUCAUUUUCUAAGAUCAAAUAUUAAGUACACAUAUUUUAUCUCAGGAAAGCGGGUGAACCAUACGUGUGUGUAAAUAUACAUAUAAAUUGUAUUUGUACGACUGUUUUCUUAAUCUAUACUAAUAUUAUAAAGCUGAAGAAUUUGUUUAUUUGUUUGAACGCGCUAAUCUCAAGGACUUACUGGUCCGAUUUGAAAAAUUCUUUCAGUAUUAGAUAGCCCAUUUAUCGAGGAAGGCUAAAGGCUACUUUUUAUCCGGGUUCGUGCAGAGGUUCCCACGGGAUGCGGGUGAAACCGCUGGCACGAGCUAGUUAAUAAAUAAAUGAAUGACUCGGCUAUUCGGCCACUACUGAAAACCGAGCUUACUCACACUAAUACAAUGUGCAUAUAUGGUUACACACACAAGUAGUGCUUACCCGCUUUUAAUAAUACAUUUAUAAGUAACUCGUAUUCCCAUAUACUUAGUGAAACAUUAAGACCCAAGUUUACCUACAACAUAAACCUCAGUUUUCUUAAAACAACUGUUUAAUACGAAUUAUCAAAUUAAAUAAAGUUAUCGGCACGAAUCUUGAGCUUUGACCUUCACCUGCGCAGAAGUAAUUUAUUGGGUCCCUUUUGUGGUAUUCGUGAGGCGCGGGGGCUAAAGCGGUGAUUAGCCCGCAGUGCAUCGCGUCAUAGCCGUCACUCGGGAUUGGUUCUUUGCUAAUAAAUCACUUCUGCGCGGAUGUAGGUCAGAGCUAAAGAUUCGUGCCGAUAACUAUACUUCUACUAGAAGCGAGAAAUUCUAUAUAGAUUUUUUUUUGAAAAUGGAACGUGAGAAAAUUCAUAUUAAACAGUUGUUUCAAGAAAUCUGAGGUUUUUGCUAUCGGUAAACUUAGCUCUCGGGUUGAACAACCUUAAGGCCCAGAAAGUGACUAUAGGUCAUUUGUGUUAGACUGGAAAAACGACCACAUUAUAGGAAAUGCUAGCUUUUCAUUAAAAUGAUGAUACAGUUAGGUUGCUAUUCAGUUAACUUGGGUUUCUAUAAUCUAUCCAUCCGUGGUUAUAAAAUCUAUCUAUACUGACAUAUAAACAGGAAUCAUUCUUUUGUUUGCUCUCCAAAACUACUGAAUCGAUUUGAAAAAUUCUUUCACUGUUGGAAAGCUACACUCUUCCCGAGUAACAUAGGCUAUAUUUUAUCCCGGUACGGGCAGUAGUUCCCACGGGACGCGGGUGAAACUGUGGGAAAUCGGCUAUAUGGAGUUUAAGGCAAAAUUCAUGUAUCGCGAAACUACCAAUGGAUAAGUUAUAGAAACCCGCAGUUAGGAUUUUUUUUACCGUACACGGUAUAUUAUGUACCCUACAUUUUGUAGUAACUAUACUUAAUAGAGUUUUCAAUAUUAGAUGGAAAUCCUAUGGAAUGAUAUUAAAUGACCCUAUUUUCUUCAGUAUGCUUUGUAAUAAGUACAUCAAUUCAAAAUGUUCAAAAUCUAUACAUACUAAUAUUAUAUUGCUGACGUAUAGGACGUCCACCAACGAGGUGGACAGACGACCUUAUGUCGGUCGCCGUCGACGCUGGAUGCAGGUCGCCUCCAACAGGUAUCUGUGGAGAUCUAAGGGGGAGGCCUAUGUUCAGCAGUGGACGUCCGCCGCCUGAGAUGAUGAUGAUGAUAAUAAUACUGAACAGUCUAAUUUAGGGACCGAUUUGAAGCCUAUUUAUUGGAAGCUUAUUAUAAUAUAAUUACAUAAAUGAAAAUAAUUAUCUCUUAUUUUUUAAAAGGAAAUGGACAAAUAUUACUUGUGUAAUUGAUACAAUCAUGAGUUUUAAUAGAUUUUGAAUAUUUUAAAUUAUCAGAAUUUGCUUUCAAAUAUUUAUUUAUGAAAAUAAUCUGCAGUGUUUAGCUAUUUUAAUAAAACAAAAUGAAGGAACUUAGCUAUAUUAGAUAUACUAUAUUCUAAAAUUAUUUGAAGGAUCAAAAUUUUGUAUAGGUCAUAUAAAUAGAAAUAAUAGUUUUAUAUAUUUAAUUGUUCUGAUCUGAAAAUAAUUUUCAUGUCUGGUAAUACAUGAGACAGUAAAAAAAGUGAUCAAUUUAUCAGUCAUUUAGGUUUUAUUGCUGACAGUAUCUUUAGUAUUUUCAGGUUUAUAUGGGCUAUAAGUAUAUAAUAUAUUGUCUAUAAUAACUUAUAUUAUAAAGCUGUACUUUGUUUGAACACACCAAUCUUAGGAACUACUGAAUCAAUUUGAAAAAUUCUUUCACAUGUUAGAAGCCUAUUUAUCGAGCGAGGCUACUUUUUACCCAUGUGCGCGGAGAGGUGAAGCUGUGAGAAGCUAGUUGUAUGGAAUAGUACCUAUGUUGGUAUAUAAGUUACGCCUAACUGUAGAUCAUAAUAAGUUAAAUGUAUUUCGAUGUUAUGUUGUCCUAUCCCAGUCGGCUUAUGUGAAUUAUUAUAGUAUUGAAUAAGGUA